AUGGUGAUAACGAAGGAAGAUUUGCAUUUACCGCGAGAUAUAUGCAUAGAGAUCCUAAAAAGGCUCUCGAUCAGAGACGUCCUGAGUUGCAAGUGCGUUUGUAAAUCAUUGCGUGAUCUGAUAAAAAAUGAUGACUUUGCGGCGUCAUAUGCUCCGGAACCAGGUGUGGCCUUUGCAGAUCGAGACAAGGGGUUGUACAUAGUCACUGAUGAGGCAUACCGGCCACUUUAUCGAUUUGUCUUGCCUCCUCGCAAUCAUGAUUCGUGUCAUGCUGUAAUUGAUUCGACUAAUGGUUUGAUUAUGGUGUGGGAAGAAUGCGGUGAAAUUCUUUCCAUAUGCAAUCCAAUGACCCGUGAGUAUGUCCAGCUUCCUCCACUGUCUUCCCUUAAAAGUGAGUACAUGUAUGGAUUUGGAGUGAGCAAAUUAAGUCGGAAAUAUAAGAUUUUAUGUGGUACGGCUAGGUCAUGUGAUGCAUACAUUCUAGGAAGAGGAGAAAGCGGGUUGUGGAGAAGGAUCGCAGCGGAAGCACCUGGCAUCCCUAUAUUUCCUAGUGAUAUUGCUGCAUUUUUGAACGGAAAUCUUCAUUGGUUGGCAUCCAAGUCCAAGGAGAAUUUCGUUUGUUGCUUUGAUCUUGAAACAGAGCUCUUUAAUCAGUUUUCUCUUCCUUAUCGUGAUUACAGCGACGACUAUAAUUACGAAUAUCACCUACGUACUUUGAAGGGUCGACUAUGUUUAUGCGAUGCGGUAGAUAGUCAUCUUGGUGUUGCUAUUUGGUGGAUGAACGAUUAUGGAGAUGAUAAUUCUUGGGUUAAAGUAUAUUCAAUCCACCGAUUCGAAGUUUCUCCAAGUAUCAAUGGAGUUGUUUACCCGCUCAGAGUUUUUGCAAAUGGCGUUGGCAUUGUUGACAUUCCCCCAGUGACAGAAUUUGUAUUAGGCGUUGACAUUGACAUAUGA